AUGCUACAAGCAAUGUUUACUUUUGUUUUUUUGUUUUUGUUUCUUUACAGGAAAACGAUGGAAAAUAUCAGAAAUAGGAUGAACUUUAAAUUGGUCAACACCCAAAAGGGAUUGCGAAAAAUGGUGGCAAAGCCAAGUUUUGAAAAUUUCACUAUUUUUAACAAACACUUGGUCGGUGUGAAAAACAAGAAGGUUAAGUUGCUAUUAAAUAAACCCAUUUACACUGGAAUGACUGUUUUAGACUUGUCGAAACUAUUCAUGUAUCAAUUUCAUUAUGGAUAUGUCAAGAAACAGUAUGGUAGCAGAGCAACUUUGCUGAUGACAGACACCGAUUCCUUAUUUUACAAGUUUCAAACGGAAGAUUUGUAUCAAGACAUGUCUCGACACAAAGAGUUAUUUGAUACAUCAAACUACCCCAAAAAUCAUUUCCUUUAUAGCGAGGUCAACAAGAAAGUCGUGGGAAAAAUGAAAGAUGAAACCGGAGGCUAUCCCGUAAAAGAAUUUGUAGGAUUACGGGCUAAAAUGUAUUCAUUUCUGAUUCACGACGAGCAGGAAACGCAGAUAAAAAAGGCAAAAGGAAUUGCUAAAUCGGUGGUAACCAAGGAAUUGAACCAUUACCAUUACAAGAAUUGUCUUUUUGAACAACAACGAUGUCGACAUAUGAUGCAGAACAUUGCUAGUGACAACCAUGUCUUGUAUCUAAAAUCCAUCAAUAAAAUAUCUUUGUCACCUGUUGAUGAUAAGCGUUGGUGGUUGGCUCCAUUUGGAGUACAUAGCUAUUCUUAUGGACAUUAUAAAAUUGAUGAAUAUGAUUAACAAUUAAAAUAACAAUGUUCGUCUUUGAUGUAUAUUUUUUUAAUUGCUUAUAAAGAGUAUGAAUGAGGACACAUGUGUUUACAUACUAUCACUACAUAUCUAUAUAUGAUGUAUAUUUUCAAAGA